AUGCGGCGGCCGCGGCGGCCCGGGGGUCCCGGAGGCUCCGGGGGGCUCCGGCUGCUCGUCUGCCUGCUGCUGCUGAGCGGACGUCCCGGGGGCUGCAGCGCCGUCAGUGCCCACGGCUGUCUGUUUGACCGCAGGCUCUGCUCUCACCUUGAAGUCUGUAUUCAAGAUGGCUUGUUUGGACAGUGCCAGGCGGGAGCGGGGCAGGCCCGGCCCCUUUUGCAGGUCACCUCCCCAAUUCUCCAACGCUUACAAAGUGUGCUCCGGCAGCUCAUGUCCCAAGGACUGUCCUGGCACGAUGACCUCACACAGUAUGUGAUCUCACAGGAGAUGGAGCGCAUCCCUAGACUUCACUCCCCUGAACCCCGCACAAGGGACAGGUCUGGCUUGGUGUCCAGGAGACCCGGUCCUCCCGGAGAGCUGCUGUCACAGGGCAACCCUACUGGCUCUGCCCCCGCUGCCCCAGGGCUUCCUCGACCUCCAGUGGGUGGCAGUGGAACUGGGGUGGGCUCCCCCCUGUCUCCGCUGCAGGCUGAGCUGCUGCCCCCGCUCUUGGAGCAUCUGCUGCUGCCCCCGCAGCCUCCCCACCCUGCCCUGAGUUAUGAGCCCACCUUGCUGCGGCCCUACACGUUCCACCAGUUCGGCUCCCGUGACGGCGGCUCCCGGAGCUCGGAGAGCCCGGCGGGGCUAGUGGGUGUCAGCCCCCUGCCCAAGGCCGAGGCGCCGGCCCUCUUCAGCAGAACUGCCUCCAAGGCCGCAUUUGGGACCCAUUCAGGCCACUCCUAUGGGGACCUUCCAGGGCCUUCACCUGCUCAGCUCUUCCAGGACUCAGGGCUGCUCUACCUGGCCCAGGAGUUGCCAGGGCCUGGCAGGGCCAGAAUGCCAAGGCUGCCAGAGCAAGGGGACAGCAGCCAGACAGAGGAAUCCUCAGAGGUCUAUGAGGAGGAAGGACUAGGGAGUCGUGGGGAGAAGCCCCCGUCACCAGCAGUACAGCCAGAUGCAACCCUGCAGAAACUAGCCGCUGUGCUGGCAGGCUAUGGACUGGAGCUGCGUCAGCUGACCCCUGAGCAGCUGUCCACCCUCUUGACCCUGCUGCAGCUGCUGCCCAAGGGUGCGGGAAGAAAUCUUGGAGGGGUUGUAAAUGUUGGAGCUGAUAUCAAGAAAACAGUGGAGAAGCAGGUGCAGGGUGCAGACACAGCAGAGCCUGUACCCCCCAUGCCCUCCCUGCCCGGACACCCCACUGCCAGCCCAACCUCCAAAAAAGCCCAGCAGGUGUCGAGCCCUGCCUCCACAGAACCCCCCAAAACAGUCAGUCCUCCUGGAGUCCCCGCUGUGCUUUUGGAGAAGAAAAGUCCCCUGGGCCAGAGCCAGUCCACAGUGACGGGACAGCCAUCGGCUCAUCUGUCCUCAGAAGAGUACGGCUACAUCGUCACUGACCAGAAACCCCUGAGCCUGGCGGCGGGCGUGAGGCUGCUGGAGCUCCUGGCCGAGCGAGUGCACGUGUCCUCGGGCAGCUUCAUCAACAUCAGUGUGGUGGGACCGGCCCUCACCUUCCGGAUCCAGCACAAUGAGCAGAACCUGUCUUUGGCGGAUGUGACCCAGCAAGCUGGGCUGGUGAAGUCCGAACUGGAAGCCCAGACAGGGCUCCAAAUAUUGCAGACGGGAGUGGGACAGAGGGAGGAGGCAGCCGCAGUCCUUCCCCGGGCAGCCCACACCGGUUCCCCUACGCGCUCCGUGCUGCUUACUCUGGUGGCCCUGGCAGGUGUCGCUGGGCUGCUAGUGGCUUUGGCGGUAGCCCUGUGUGUGCGCCACCAUGCACGGCAGCGGGACAAGGAGCGCCUGGCAGCCCUGGGGCCCGAGGGGGCCCAUGGUGACACUACUUUUGAGUACCAGGAUCUGUGUCGCCAGCACAUGGCCACAAAGUCCCUGUUUAACCGGGCAGAGGGUCCUCCAGAGCCUUCUCGGGUGAGCAGUGUGUCCUCACAGUUCAGUGACGCGGCCCAGGCCAGCCCCAGCUCCCACAGCAGCACACCGUCGUGGUGCGAGGAGCCUGCCCAGGCCACCAUGGAUAUCUCCACAGGACACAUGAUUCUGGCAUACAUGGAAGAUCACCUCCGGAACCGGGACCGCCUGGCCAAGGAGUGGCAGGCCCUAUGUGCCUACCAAGCAGAGCCAAACACCUGCGCCACUGCACAGGACGAGGGCAACGCAAAGAAGAACCGCCAUCCCGACUUCCUUCCCUAUGACCAUGCCCGCAUCAAGCUGAAGAUGGAGAGCAGUCCUUCUCGGAGUGAUUACAUCAAUGCCAGCCCUAUUAUCGAGCACGACCCUCGGAUGCCAGCCUACAUAGCCACUCAGGGACCACUGUCCCAUACCAUUGCAGACUUCUGGCAGAUGGUGUGGGAGAGUGGUUGCACUGUCAUCGUUAUGCUGACCCCCCUGGUGGAGGAUGGCGUCAAGCAGUGUGACCGCUACUGGCCAGAUGAGGGUUCCUCCCUCUAUCAUGUAUAUGAGGUGAACCUGGUGUCCGAGCACAUCUGGUGCGAGGACUUCCUGGUACGAAGCUUCUACCUGAAAAACGUGCAGACCCAGGAGACGCGCACGCUCACGCAGUUCCACUUCCUCAGCUGGCCGGCAGAGGGCACCCCCGCCUCCACCCGGCCGCUGCUGGACUUCCGCAGGAAAGUGAACAAGUGCUACCGCGGCCGUUCCUGCCCCAUCAUUGUGCACUGCAGCGACGGCGCAGGGAGGACGGGUACCUACAUCCUCAUCGACAUGGUACUGAACCGCAUGGCGAAAGGCGUGAAAGAAAUCGACAUCGCGGCCACCCUGGAGCAUGUCCGUGACCAGAGGCCUGGCCUCGUCCGCUCUAAGGACCAGUUUGAAUUUGCGUUGACAGCUGUGGCAGAGGAGGUGAAUGCCAUCCUCAAGGCCCUGCCCCAGUGAGACACCCCUAGGCCCCUCGGUGGGCAGCUCAGCCUCGGCUCCCUCUGCCUAUGUGAGCAUCUCUCUCAGCCCCCACCCACCCCCAGCCCUGGCCCCUCUUGGGCAAGCCAGCCCUUCCCGAUGCAGUGUGGAAGGAAGUGGGGGUAAGAUGGAGCAGGCCUGUCCCACAUGCCACAGCCGGGACAGCCCGUGGGCAGCUGGCAGUGUCCAGGAGCAGCAGAAUGAGCAGCAGGUGUGCCCAAGCUUCCUCUGGCCUGAGUCCCUGGGCUCUCUGUCCCCUGGCUCUGGAUGCUCCCAGCCUGUAUGCAGCAUAGACAGGGCAGAGUAGGGGACCCCAGCUCUCCAACCCUGCCACCGACCUGCUACCUUGACCCACAUGCCGCCACGCUGCCCCCCACAUGUGCCCACGUGUGCCGCUCCACCUUUCCCUCUAGCACAAGAGAACAUUUCUAGAAAAAUCUACUUUUGUAUCAAUGUGAAUAAAGUUAGUGUCGUCUGUGCAGCUGCAA